AUGUCUUUGGACACGGUGGACAAGCUGGUGGUGUUCUUGGCCAAGAGAGACGGAAUAGACAAGCUUGUUAAGACAUUCCAAUACGUGUCUAAGCUCGCUUGCUGGCACGUUGAAGCCACACGACCCGACGCAGCUGAGAGGUUCAAGAAGUGGGAGGUCGCGUCCGGUCUCAGCCGCAAAGCCUUCAGGACUGGGAGGUCUCUCACGGGGUUCAAUGCGCUGAGACGAAACCCUGGUGCAACCCCUAUGAUCCGUUUCUUGGCGGUCCUAGCCAAUUCAGGAGAGAUGGUUUACUUCUUCUUUGAUCACUUUCUUUGGUUAUCAAGAAUUGGUACACUAGACCCCAAGAUCGCCAAGAGAAUGAGUUUCAUUUCGGCCUUUGGCGAAUCUUUCGGCUACAUUUUCUUCAUCUUCAUUGAUUGCAUCUUCAUAAGGCAAAGACUCGAAUCCUUGAAAAAACUCCGAUAUCCGACCGAUGAAUCGAAAGAAGAAACCGGCGGGAAAAUUAGGGAGAUUCGAGGAGAUAUAGUGAUGAGGUUGAUGGGAAUUUCGGCCAACGUUGCGGAUUUGAUUAUCGCAUUGGCGGAAAUUGAACCGAACCCGUUUUGUAACCACACGGUUACACUCGGUAUAAGUGGUUUAGUUUCGGCUUGGGCCGGUUGGUAUAGGAAUUGGCCAUCGUGA